UAUUGACACACAUUUAGGUUAUUUUUCACUACAUUUACUUAACAUAAGGAGUAGAUUAUUAGUUUUAAGAUUUUUUUACAAAAUCUUCAUUGGCACCUAUUUUGUCUAAAUAUUUUAACGUAUUUAUUAUUUAGUUUUUAUUAUUUAUAAUUUAUUUUGUACUUUUUAAAGAGUUUAAACGAUUUACUACAAAUUUCUACGAUUCGAUUUAAUAAUUACUCCACACAUUAAUUAUGUACUAGAUGAAUAAAUUGAUAGAUGACAGUCUUGGUAAAAGAGAUGAGUUAUCUGGUAGUUUUGAGAAACUUUGUACUCUGACAUCUUUCAAAGAUAUAAGAAAAAUUGUUCGUAAAUGUGAAAAUAAAUUAAUAAUUAAAUAUUACAAAGAAAGUACGUUAAUAAUCGACAAUGACGAGGAUGAGAAGGUGGUUUUGAGUAAAUUUUAUAUAUAUUUUGACCCUCAAAUUUCUAUUAUUUUAAACAUUUUAAAUGAAGAUUGGGUCAAUUAUUUAAUUAAUUUUGACCAUAACCUCUGGGUCGACUCACAAACCUCUAUCGGUUCUACACAUUCUCUCCCCGAAGAAUAUACAACGUUGGUGAGUAGAACUCGUAAGAGUAAGAGUAUAAUAUUCGAACAUUACGAGGAUGAAAUUAUAAGCAAAGUUGAGGAGCGUGCAGCUUUGGUUGCUGGAAUUGAUGUGAAAUACCUUGAAAAACUUGUUAUGGUCAAAUAUAAUCCAGGCGACUAUUUCAAUCAACACCAUGAUGGAUCCUUCAGAUCACACACUCUUUUGCUUUAUCUUAAUGAUGUGGAAGGAGGAGAAACCGUGUUUCCUGAGCUUGGAAUAGGAAUAAGUCCAAUCGCAAACAGUGGUGUUUUAUGGAGAAAUGUUACCGAUUCAGGAGAAAUGGAUGAAAGAUUGAUCCAUGCUGGAACUACACCAACUUCAGGAACUAAAUACGUCAUCAACUGCUUCUUCAAUAAGUUGCCAAUACGCUCUUAUUAAUCUCAAUAAAUUAAUUAUACCAUAGUAGGUAGUGUAUGUGUACAAGAAAUUAGUAUAUAACUGGAUUAAUGGGUAAAGCUUCAAUACCAGACAUGCUUCUAUCAACGUCAACAUCAACUUCUCCGACCAAUACACUAAAUUUAAAAUAAUUAACCGAUUUAAAUAUAUAAACAAGGUAGAUUCCAAGCUCCAAUUCCUCUACCGGUGCAUCUGGAUGAUAAACUCGCUCCAAACAGUUAUAAAGUACCAGAUUCGUUAAUUGGUCAAAGCCCUUCAAUACACCGACAAACACUCUACCAUCUACCGAUAUAACAAACACACUACCUAAACACCAUUUAUCUUCAAUUUAUUAUUUUUAUUAAAAA